AUGGGGAGACCCCCUGGUGGAGGUCUGGUCAAGACAGAGAUCCGGGAUCAACUGUCUGGAACCACUGAAGAACAGGCGAUCACCCCCUCACUUUGCACAAAGGAAUUCCAAUCAAAACGAGCUUACUAUUGGCUAUUUAAUGAAGUAGGAACUUACUGCCCCGUCCAGUGGGAAUAUGCUCGCCUCAGUAUGAACUAUACUGUUGUUUCCAAGAGAAAGAUUGCCAAAUUAAUCGAUAGUGGACAUGUAAGAGAUUGGGAUGAUCCUCGACUUUUUACCCUAACAGCGUUACGUAGAAGAGGUUUUCCAUCAGAGGCUAUAAAUAAUUUCUGUGCUUCUCUGGGUCUAACUGGUGCUCAAAACUCCAUCCAUCCUGAUGCAUUUGAAGCAUAUGUUCGAGAUGUACUGAAUGUUACUGCACAUAGAGCUAUGGUUGUUCUUGAACCCCUGAAAGUGGUGAUAACCAACUUCCCCAGUGAAGCAGCUGUCACUGUAAGUGUACCGAAUAUCCCUGGCAAUGACGACACAGGAACACACAAUGUGGUCUUUGAUAGAGAGAUGAGGAUCGAGAGAUGAGACUUCCGUGAGGAAGAAGAA